UUUGUCGGAAUGGAUUCAAAGAAGCAAAGAAAUGCUUCUCUUGCAAGAAAAAAGGAGGAAGAGUUUGCAAUGAAGGAGAGACAUCUGAGUCCUUGAUUUCAGGUAACUUGCACUUCAAGUCUAAUGAAGGUGUCUUCAGGAGUGAGUUCAGUGGAGAAGUCGCAUCUAAUAUGUCUAAAAGUGUUGUUUCACUUGCUCUGCUUGAUGGGGACACAGUGUUAUUUGUAUGCUCAGGCAUGGUUGUACAACGUGAUGGACAUGUUAUAAAGUUGCUGACCUCAGCAAGCUUGCUUAAAGCUUUUAAUGAUGAAAGUCAAGACCAUGAUAACUUGAAGGUCGAAGUGCACCAUAAAGACGCUGUUGUCAUAGGGUCUUUGAGAGAAUAUCAUUUAGAUCAUAACAUGGCUGCUGUCGUCGUCGAGAACUUACCUGAUCUUCGCCCUGUGCCUUUCAACAAUGUUCAGAAAUUUGUACCACAUAGCAUGGUAGUAGCUCUAGGCCGUGAUAUCUCUGGAAAAUUAAUGGCCACAGGUGGGUUGUUGAUUGGUGGUUCAAGCGGAUCAUACAAUCCUAAGCUUAUGUCGUCGACUUGUAAAUUCUCUGAGGUUUAUGAAGGCGGGCCACUUUUUGAUUUUGAUGGGGACUUUCUUGGCAUGAACCUUUCCCUCACUACUGAGGGAACCUUAUUUGUGCCAGGGGAUAGAGUUCUUGAUCAGCUUGUGAAUUGGAUACUCCAUCAUGAGGUUAAAUUUGCUGCACGGUUAGCGGCUUUGAAGGCAUUGAGGUCUUCUUUUAUCUAUACUUUUCUUAACAAGGAUCAAUAUGGGGAUCUAGAAUCCUUGGGCUAUCCCGAGCCCCCAAUAUCGAAUGAUGGCAUGAUUUUGGCUAAUACUUUUGAAGAGCCUUUUGGUAACGUGUGUGGUAAAGGUGUCUGGAGUGAACUAAGUGAAGAUGUUGCCUCUAACAUAUGUGAAAAUAUUGUCGCACUUGCUUCAUUCAAUGGAGAAAAACGAAGUUUUGCAUGCACGGGUUUUUUUUAUUGAAUGGAACGAGUGUGCCACUAUUCUGACUUCAGCGAACUUACUUAGAGAUCCUCGUGAUGCAGACAAGAUUAUCGAAAACUUGAGGAUUAAAGUGUUGCUUCCAAACAAUCGGCGCACCAAAGGGACAGUACAACAUUAUAAUUUACGUUACAACGUUGCUCUAGUUAGUGUGAAGGAUUACCGUGUUCUCCAACCAGUAAAAAUUCAACCUUAUAGGCAUUACGCUAGUGAAUUACUAGCUGUAGGGUGUAUCUUCAAAUCUGGCAGAUUAAUGGCCUCAAGAGGGCGACAACUUCCCAUCGGUGUCACACAUGACCGCAAAUUUCUUGGUUAUUCUCAAUGUACAAUCACUAAGGCUGGCAUUGGAGGUCCGCUUCUUGGUUUCGAUGGGAACUUUGUUGGCAUGAACUUCUACGAUGAGGGAGUAGAAGGAACCCCAUUCCUAUCAUGGUGUGAGAUUUGCGAGAUCCUUAAGUAUUUUAAGACAAAAGAGUAUGUCUAGGUCUUUUUGUGACUGUUGCUGAACAUAGGCAUGGUAAUCCAUCUGAUGUGCUUGAUUGGAAGAUCGUUGGAGAUGACAGUGUUUUCCCUGCUAGAUGGUUGGUACCUAAGCCGUAUUGGUGUUAUCCUGAAUUUCUGGUCCAGCAUAAACUUGCAGUUAAAAUGAGUAGAAUCGAGACCAUUCCGUGUUGAAUUGCUCUCCAUAUCAUAUCUUGUGAACCUAUUUAACGUCGAGAGACCUUAUUUAAAUUGUCGGUAUGUUCAGUGUUUAUAAGUUGUGUUUA